GUUGUGUUUGUGCUGCUAGCCAGCAGCUGCAUAAGCUGUCGUAAGAGAAUCUUGAACAGAAUCGACAGGGCAAAAGAGUUCAUAAUUGAUUCCCUGUGGGCACUACGAUUUAAUAAAAAUAAAAGCCUUGUGGCUUAAAUAACCAGGGAUCGUUGGUGCAGAAUGCUUCUGCAUGCAUGCAGCUAGCCAGCGUCACCUAGCCAGGUAAAUCUUGCAGAUCCAGAUACUUUAGAAAGAGUUCACUAACCAGGUUUUGGACUGCAGAAGUGUGGACAUCUAACGACCUGCUAACUGUGGUCAGGGACUAUACUGUUGAAUGGCACUGUCACGAUAGUGCGGGAGGAACGUGGAGGGAAAGCGGACUGGAUUUAUUUCGAUAAGUGCAAACAUGUCAUCUUUCUCUGAAUCUGCGCUGGAGAAAAAGCUAUCGGAACUUAGCAAUUCGCAGCAGAGUGUCCAGACUCUGUCGCUGUGGAUAAUUCACCACCGAAAACACGCAUCGCUCAUUGUGCGUGUCUGGCACAGAGAACUUAAAAAAGCAAAAAAAGGCAGGAAGUUGACGUUCCUGUAUCUCGCCAAUGACGUGAUCCAAAACAGCAAGAAGAAAGGGCCCGAGUUCGCCCGAGACUUUGAGGGUGUCCUGGUAGACGCCUGCUCCCAUGUGGCGAGCGAUGCGGACGAUGGCGCAAAGAAGCACAUGGAGAGGCUGCUGAACAUCUGGCUGGAGCGGAACUUGUAUCGCUCAGACUUUAUCCAGCAGCUGAAACUGGCCAUAGAGGACUCCAACAGCCCCCAGCACAAGGGCGCAGAGGAAAAGAAGGGCAUAAAACGAUCAUACCAGAAGGUCCAGGAAGAGGAAGAGGAGGAGGAGGAAGAUGAGGAUGAUGACUACAGGGGCCACUUCUCUCCGCGGGAGAGUGACAGUACGGGGCCCCAACUGACGGAGGAGCUGGUGAAGGCACUGCAGGACCUGGAGAAUGCUGCCUCAGGCGACGCGGUGGUGAGGCAGAAGAUCGCGUCCCUGCCUCAGGAGGUGCAGGACGUGUCCCUGCUGGAGAAGAUCGCAGAUAAGGAGGCGGCGGAGAGCCUGUCUCAGACGGUGGACGAGGCCUGCCUGCUGCUGGCCGAGUAUAACGGCCGCCUGGCGGCUGAGCUGGAGGACCGCAGACAGCUGGCCCGCAUGCUGACCGAGUACAUCCACAGCCAGCGGGGGGCGCUGUCCGAGAGGGAGAGGAAGCUGGAGGAGUACAAGCAGAAGCUGGCCCGGGUGACGCAGGUCCGUAAGGAACUCAAGUCUCACAUCCAGAGCCUUCCGGACCUUUCUCUGCUGCCCAACGUCACGGGGGGGCUGGCCCCGCUCCCGUCGGCCGGGGACCUGUUCUCCACAGACUGAACCCCCCACCACACCCUCCACCCCCCCGGCUGAGGAGGCCACAUGCCCCGAACUCUCUCCCGACUACCCCCACCCCUCUUCAGAGAGCUGCCUCGGCAGAGAAGACCCGUUGGAGGGAUUGGUUCGACCCCCUGUGUGUGGGAGCGGGCAUUGACUUGCUGCAGCAGCAGAGUUUUAGGAUUUCUAUAGAUACACAUGAGCAGCUACAUGAGCAGGGACAUUCCAGGCGUCUCCCCCAGGCGGGGGCCCAGGUCCGUACUGGAAAAGGACUGACCUCAACGGUCACUCUUGUCGGCCACCUCAUCCGUCACAGAGACGCUCGGCGUGGCUGGGUUGGGUGAGCGUGAAAAAUCCCAGAAGGCAAAGGUCAGGCAUGUCGGCGCUUCUUUUGAAGAGCCCAACGUUUCAGACCACAGAGACUGAUUCUAGUGGAGUAUGUAAUGACUGAAUGAGUUCAUAUUGUGUGUGUGUGUGUGUGUGUGUGUUUCUCUCCAUUUUCUCCUUUAAACAUUUGUAUACAUGUAUUAGGACUCUUUAACAUGCUGCUCGCCAGUUUGUUGAGGAGGGGUAGCGUGCAGUCGCCCAGGUCAACGUUAGCUGAGAAACCUUUCGCUAAUUCCACACGCUCAAACUGAAUCGCGUUCAGAAUGGCGUUCCUGAGCUGGAAAACCUUUUUAUUUCUCCCUGUUGUCCUAUGAUCUGCGUCGAAUGAAACUGACAAGAUGUGUGCUCGGCUCUGCUGUACUGAACAUUGUUUACAUUCUGAUAGUUUGGAAUUCAUGUGAAAACAGGAAGCACUGUACCUGCUACCGACGAGUAUUGUGGGUGAGUAAGGUUGCGUAUUUUGGUCGCAGCAUUUAAUUUUAUUUUUUGGUGGAGAGAAUGGAGAGCGAUGAGUUUUAAUAAAGAAAAUCUGCCUUCUGUGACGCUAA